ACCUUCGCCCAAGUUCAAUCCAAAUAAUAUUUUUAUUUUAUUUGUCGAGUUCAGCCAUUUUCGUUUUCCAAGUUCCAAGUGUGAAAGCACACUCCGUUCUGUUCUGGUAAAAAGCACCCAUCACCAUUUUCCCGGUAAAUAAAAAAAUAAAUAGAAGAAUAAAGAGUCGAGAGAAAGAAACAGGUUUGAACUCUCUUCUCAAUUUUCUUUCGCUGGUUUUUGGGUGGCAUCGUUAUCGUUCUUCUGUUUCCAAAGCUGAUUCUUGUGCUAUCUUGUUCUGGAUUUUCCAUUUGAGUAAAAAGCAAGAACUGUUGUCAAUUGUUGGUGCAGUGUGUUAGUUCUACAUUUGAGUAUUAAAUUUGAGGAUUGGUGUUAUACCAAGACAGAAAGAGGGAAACUUAGGUAAAAUAAGAGCUUUAUGGGGAAGCAUAGACACUUGACAGACCAGUUUCCAUAAGAGAAAUCACAUCAAUUCUAUGUAAAAACGUGGAAAUUGAAGUUAUUUGCUUCCAAUACGGCAUUUAAAAACCACGUCUCUACCACAAUACCGAACACACUAGUAGUAGUAGGGUAUCAUGGAAGUGAUGAAUGGAACACCAUUUGUGACAACCAGUUAUUGAAUGGGUUUGGUGGGGAUUCUGUGUUCUUCCGUAUUUCUUUUUAUCCCAAUUGAGUCUACUGGCAGAGCAGAGAAUAUGUGGCACCAAAACUUAGGUGUGGAUUCCACGGGAACUGUGAGUUUUACAGUCUUCAGUGCAAGUAUAUUUGUGCUUGUUGCUCUUGUUCUCUCCAUGUAUUUAGUAUUCGAGCAUUUAGCCGCCUAUAAUCAACCUGAGGAACAGAAGUUUUUGAUUGGUCUCAUUUUAAUGGUUCCUGUUUAUGCAUUGGAAUCGUUUUUGUCAGUAUUGAAUUCUGAUGCAGCAUUUAACAGUGAAAUUAUCCGAGAAUGCUAUGAAGCUUUUGCAUUAUACUGCUUUGAGAGAUAUUUGAUAGCUUGCUUAGGUGGUGAGGAGAAAACAAUUCAAUUUAUGGAAAGCAUGAGCCUAACAGAAUCCAUUAUUCCUCUUCUGAAAGAAGCAUAUGCAUAUGGAGUUGUAGAGCAUCCAUUUCCCUUAAAUCUCUUCUUGGAGGAUUGGAAUCUAGGCCCUGAGUUCUAUCAAUCUGUGAAAAUUGGCAUUGUACAAUAUAUGAUACUGAAGAUGAUUUGUGCAAUAGUGGCAAUAAUUCUUGAAUCUUUUGGGGUUUAUGGAGAGGGGAAGUUUGAAUGGAAAUAUGGGUAUCCUUACUUGGCACUAGUUCUUAACUUUAGUCAGACAUGGGCCCUAUAUUGCCUUGUACAGUUCUAUGCUGUUAUUAAAGAUAAGUUGAAACCAAUCAAACCAUUGGCAAAGUUUCUAACUUUUAAGUCAAUUGUCUUCCUGACAUGGUGGCAAAGUGUGGCUGUUGCAUUUCUUUUUUAUAUGGGAGCUUUUAGGGGAUCAUUGGCUCGGGAGUUGAAAGCACGUAUUCAAGACUACAUCAUCUGUAUAGAGAUGGCUGUGGCUGCUGUUGUGCACCUUUAUGUCUUCCCAGCAGAACCUUACAAAAUGGGAGAGAGAUGUAUUCGUAACGUAGCAGUGAUGGACGACUAUGCAUCGCUAGGAUCGCCUCUGGACCCUGAGGAAGUUCAAGACAGUCAGCGCUCAACAAGAACGUGGCUGGGAGCACAUAAUAAUCAGAGAGAAAAAAAUCCUAUGAAAUUUACCCAGAGUGUUCGUGAUGUGGUUGUUGGAAGCGGUGAAAUUAUUGUUGAUGACAUGAAGUUUACAGUUUCACAUGUGGUGGAGCCUGUUGAAAGGGGCAUUGCAAAGAUAAACAAAACCUUCCAUCAGAUAUCAGAAAAUGUGAAACGCCACGAGGAGCAGCGGACGCGAAACACCAAGGAUGAUUGUUACCUUGUUCCCUUGCGAACGCAAAUGUCAGAAUUUUCUGACGUUCACGAUACUAUGGGUGAAGGAAGUGUCAGUGAUAGUGGUAUGUCCAGGGUAAAGCGACAGCAUUUCCAAUGCAAAGCAGCAGCCACCAGAAGUAGAAGAUAGUGCUUUCCUUUACAUUUCAAUGUAUAUAGUCACACACGAAUCGACGUGAAAUUUUAAACUGCGUCCUUAUAUUUUGGUGAAUUUGCUAAAAUAUAAGUGUAUAUAUCUAACGUGAGGUAAUGAAAGUAUAUCGAGACACACGUAGAAUAAUACCCGCAUAGGUAUAUCGAGACAUCAUGUGUAGUGCUUCUAGAAGUAGAUGUUGAAGGAUGAUCAUAGGUUGGCCUUGUGUUUUGGACAACUCGUGAUCUAUCUGUUUUAAUUGCCCUUUUUUAAUAAAAAAAAAUAAUUCAUAUCUGAAUUAUCAAUGUUGGGACA